UUUUGUAAUGUACAAUUUUAUUUGUUUUUAAUUUAAUUAGGUAUUGCAGUUAAUUUUAGUUAGUAACAUUCAGUGAGAAUGCCGUUACCAGAUAUAAACGAUCCAAAAAUCGGAAGGUUCCUCGUUGAAAAUUAUGAAAAGGAAAACAAGAAACGUUUGGUCUGGAUCAUGAAACACAAGGAUGCCAUGGAAGAGGCAGCUGUUCUACAUCGCACUCCAACUAAUUAUUACGAAUCAGACGUGUCCGCCCAUUUAAUGAAAGCUGGCAUGACCGCCAUCACAAGGGAUUUCAUAUCGUCGGGUAAAAAUCGCUUUAAAAAACCAUCCAACGAAGAAGGUAUUAUAACAACUACCAAAGACUUGAAACACGGUCAUACCCUUGUAGACGUUGGUCUAGGAGACCCUAAUGAGGAUCCCAGACUAAGCAGACCAGAUACAGACACGUCUCCUGAUCCUAUCAUGAGACCGGUAGAUCCCGAAACAACAGAAAUUAUCCACAAAUCGAGACCAGAGUUUGGUAGGGAAGUUUACUUGAAAGAGCGCGCUCGGAUUUGGCCAGAAAAUAGAUAUUAUUUUCCGGAAUGCACGAGUUUUGAUUACGGAUGGAGGAUGAAGGAUAGUGCUCCUCCUGAGGUUUAUCCUUUCGGAAGGACUGCAGUGAUGAAGCAGGAUAUGGAGAGUCGAGUGGGACCGCAGCCUGAUCCACCUCAUUACCAGUCUCCUGAAUUCCAGGCUGCUGAAAAAUGCUCUUGGCUUUAGGUGUCUGUCUAAGCAUGGUAAGCAUAUAAGAGCCAUCGUUCUCAAGGCAAAUUGAUAGUGAAAUUGGCGUUCCUUUGUGUUAACUAUAUUAGUUAACUGAGAAACAGAAUACCUACAUGGUUAGAAAAAUAUUAUCAUCAUGUUUGAAACAUAUGGUUCCUAUUUCCUAAAUCACAAAAUGCUGUAUGGAAUCCGGCAUAUUCGGCCGAAGUGUGAACUUUCAUAAAAAGUGUCUAGUUAGCAGAGGGUAGAGAGCUGAGUUUAGCAUCGAACCCUUCUAUGCUUAGCUACCGCUUGCUUUAGUAGCGGGGGAAUUCGUUUGAAGUACUCUCGAUAGAUGGCACUGUUUUCUAAUCAAAAAUAUAAUACCGUUCUAUUAAAAUUUUAAAAAUAUGUAGAUUCAAAGUAGUACCUAAACAACAUAGAAAAAUUAAGAGUUGGUGUGUCUGGUCUAAUUUAAUACCUAACACAAGAUUUAAUUACAAGGACUAAAAACUACGAAUAAUAGAAAGAAGAAAUAACGGGGAAAAUCCCGAAUAUUAUUGGUAAGUAAGUACCUACUAUUCGAGUACCUAUUUCUUAUUCUACAUGAAUGUAAGUACCUACCUAUGUUCUUUUUUAUUAUAAAGAAUAAAUCCCUAUGAUGAAUCAAA